GCGAAGCGCCACUUCUCAUUUUCAAACUAAUUCAAAUUUCUCAUUCACCUACGCUCUCUCUCUUACUUUCACUCUCUCCCCAAAUCGAACAAUCUAGGGUUCAAUUUCAACAUCUCAUUUAUCUCUGCAAUUCACAUCCACUUAUACAGACAAUCUCCUUGUAUCUUCCUUCGUCGCUGGCGAAAUGGCCUCACGGAAUCAGAAUAAACCCCCUCCUCGCACUCCUCUCACUAAAAUUAGUAGCCAAGAUGAUGGACCUAAUGAUAAGCGUAGGAAGGUCGCAUCUGGAAGGAUAACGGGAUCUACAGCCGCAAGCCGAAGGAGACAGGUCUCGGCCGUGGUGACUAAUCGCCAAGAUGCUGUGGUCGGUGGCAAUGCUGAGUCUGUAAAUGAAGAGUUGGAGAAUGUAAAACUAGAGUUCACAAAGGAGGAGGUUGACGUGUUGCUGAAUGAGAAGAUUAGAGCCAAAAAGUUUGACUUAAAGGGUAAAAUGGAACAGAUGAAUGAGCACAUAAAUAAGCUCAAGCUCUGCAUCAAAUGGUUCCAAGGUAAUGAAGAAGGACACAUUCAAGAACAUGAAAAGCUUAAUAGUUCGUUAGAAUCAGCCGAGAGAAGAUUUACAGAAACAGAAAUUGCAAUGAAGGCCAGGGAGGAAGAACUGAAUAAAGUUUUAGAUGAAUUAAAGCUGAAUAUAUCUUCCUUGAAAAAUAAGUUGGCCGAGGAAGAAUCUUUAAAAUUGGAUGCAAUCGUAUCGCACAAGAGAGAAAAGGAAGCAAGGGAUGAGUUGGAAAAGUUGCAAGCUGCUUUGAGUGAAGAGCAUCAAAGGGCCAAGCAGGAGAUAAUGGAUAUCAAUCAGAAGUUUGCAUCUGUCAAUGCUGAUCAUAAGCGGUUACAAGAAUACAAUAAAAGCUUGCAGCACUACAACAGACAACUGCAGACAGAUGUUGCUACUGCUACUGAAUCAGUCAAAAGAAUUGAAAAAGAGAAAUCAGCUAUAGUGGAGAACCUAAGCACGUUAAGAGGCCACCAUAAAUUGCUGCAGGAACAAUUAACUUCCUCCAAGGCUCUUCUCGACGAGGCUAUUAUGAAAAAAGAAUCACUGGGAAGUGAAAUUGUGAUACUUCGAGGAGAAUUACAACAAGUUAGAGAAGAUCGUGAUCGACAAUUGUCAGAAGUGCAGGAAUUAACUGCCACCGUAGCCAAGUACAAAGAAAGUACUGGAAAAUCAGUUGCUAUGUUGGAUAGUCUGACUUUGAAAUCAGACGCUUUGGAGGAAAGAUGUUCAACUCAAAUUGAACAAAUCCGUUUAUUAGAGCAGCAGUUAGCUGCAGCAAAUGAGAAACUAAAGAUCACUGAUUUAUCCACUUCAGAGAUAAGGAUAGAAUUUGAUAAGAAAAAUCAAGUUGUCAGUGAACUCCAACAGCGACUUAGAGAGGCGGAACUACAAAUUGCAGAUGGAGAAAAGUUGCGAAAGAAGCUUCAUAACACAAUUUUAGAACUGAAAGGAAAUAUUCGUGUAUUCUGCAGAGUUCGGCCUCUGUUGCCGGAUGAUUCUCAUGCAACAGAUCCUGCUGUUUCUUUCCCUACCUCAGGAGAACUAGUAGGCCGCGGUAUUGAUUUAAUUCAAAGUGGACAAAAGUAUCCUUUCACUUUUGACAAGGUGUUCUCCUUUGAGGCUUCCCAACAAGAUGUUUUUGUAGAAAUAUCACAGCUGGUGCAGAGUGCUCUUGACGGCUACAAGGUUUGUGUAUUUGCCUAUGGCCAGACAGGGUCAGGUAAGACAUUUACCAUGAUGGGUAGACCAGAAGCUCCGGAGCAGAAGGGCCUAAUACCGAGAUCAUUGGAACAGAUAUUUCAGACAAGCCAGGCCUUGAAAGCCCAAGGGUGGAGAUUUAAAAUGCAGGCCUCAAUGUUAGAAAUUUAUAAUGAAACGAUACGUGAUUUGCUAUCACCGCGAUCAACUUCCUCAGACAUCAAUCGUACUGAAAGUGGCGGUUUAGGGAAGCAAUACUCCAUUCGACAUGAUGCAAAUGGAAAUACAUAUGUUUCUGACCUCACCAUUGUGGAUGUCUGUAGCAUAAAUGAGGUUUCCUCUCUUUUGCAGCAGGCUGCACAAAGCAGGUCUGUUGGCAAGACUGACAUGAAUGAGCAGUCAUCUAGAAGUCACUUUGUAUUCACUUUGAGAAUCUAUGGAACAAAUGAGAGCACUGAGCAACAAGUUCAAGGUGUGUUGAAUCUUAUUGAUUUAGCUGGUAGUGAACGACUAGCACGGAGCGGAGCAACAGGAGAUCGACUCAAGGAAACACAGGCCAUAAAUAAGAGUUUGUCAUGCUUGAGUGAUGUUAUUUUUGCUCUUGCAAAGAAAGAAGACCAUGCUCCAUUUAGAAAUUCGAAGUUGACAUAUCUUCUUCAGCCUUGUCUAGGUGGAAAUUCCAAGACUCUUAUGUUUGUGAAUAUUUCUCCGGACCCGUCUUCUACCAAUGAGUCAUUGUGCUCACUUCGAUUUGCUGCCAGAGUGAACUCCUGUGAGAUUGGGAUUCCUCGAAGACAAACUAUCAGGCCUCUCGAGUCUUCUCGCCUCAGUUGUGGUUGAACUUGUAGAGACUCAUCCUAUUUGUUCUGUUGCAUCUUGCAACUUUUUCUGUUGUAGCAUAUCUGAUAUGUUUUCCAUAUAAUUUGAGUGUACUAUUGUAGUUGUGGUGGUGUUAAGACUUAAUAGGCUUUCAUUCUUAAUGUAACCACUCUAUCCCCAUUCUUGGGAUGGUUUAUAUAAUAACAAUUAAAAAUCUUUUAUAUGAUUUGAUAAAGUCUUUUUUUAAUGAUA